GAUAAAGAUAGGUACCUUGAUAAUGAUAGCAUUACGAUUUUCUUUAAUAAAAAUCUCCAGCUAUUGGUUUUUACAUUAAGCAGCUUGUAUAAAAAUGAUUGCCAAUGAAAUCCGUUUAAAAGUAUCCCACCUUCAGAGUACACAAACUAAACAUUGAAAUGUUCCAUCACUAUUAUCUAGCAUUUGGUGAGUGAGAUUAGUGUAAACAGGUAGUUGUGUGAUUAGCCCAAUCAUUAGGGUGAGCACUGAACUCCGGACCAGCAGUUGGGAUCGGCAGCCAGAGUCAGCAUGAAGAACACCGGAAAACUGAAGGGAAAGACCCUGUUCAUCACCGGCGCCUCCCGCGGAAUCGGCAAGGCCAUCGCCCUCAAGGCGGCCCGCGAUGGAGCCAAUGUGGUCAUAGCAGCCAAGACGGCAGAGCCUCAUCCCAAGCUGCCCGGCACCAUAUACACGGCUGCGGAGGAGAUCGAGAAGGCCGGGGGUCGAGCCCUGCCCUGCAUCGUGGACGUGCGCGACGAGCGGCAGGUGCAGCAGGCCGUGGAGGCGGCGGUGGCCAAGUUCGGGGGCAUCGACAUCGUGGUGAACAACGCCAGUGCCAUCUCCAUUACGGGCACCCUGGACACGGAGAUGAAGCGCUACGAUCUGAUGCAGAACAUCAACACCAGGGGAACCUUCCUAGUAUCAAAGACUUGCCUGCCUUAUCUGCUGCGCAGCGAGAACCCUCACAUUCUGAACCUUGCGCCGCCGCUGAACAUGAGUGCCAAGUGGUUCGCCAACCACACCGCCUACACCAUCGCCAAGUACGGGAUGUCCAUGUGCGUGCUGGGCAUGGCGGAGGAGUUCCGCGCCCAGGGCGUGGCCGUAAACGCUCUGUGGCCACGCACCACCAUCGCCACGGCGGCCGUCGAGAUGCUCCACGGCUCGGAGGGGGCCCUGUACUCCCGGAAGCCCGAGAUAAUGGCCGAUGCGGCCUACGCUAUAUUCUGCCGCGACUCCAGGGAGUACACUGGCAACUUCUUUGUGGACGACGAGGUGCUGAGGGACGUGGGCGUCAGGGACCUCGCCAAGUACGCUUGCUAUCCGGAGAAUAUUCACUUGUUGUCUACGGAUAUUUUCCUGGACGAAGCUGGCCCCUCGGCCAAACUGUAAGGCCAUUCUGAAGUUGCUGAUUUAUAACUGCUUAUGUAUCUAUGUGCAAUGCACAUUGUGCAUAUGUUUACUUAUGGUCUGAUAAAAACAUUUGGUAUAUAUAUUUGUAUUUGGAUUAAGUAAAUAAAGGUCCUUAGCCUACAUAUAAAGGGAAAA